CCGCGGACGGACUGUCCCGUGGCACCUGGCUGGGCAGCGGAGACUAGGGAGGCCCCCGCGGCGGCGACGAGGACGACGGCGACGAUUAGCAUGGACGACCACAGCCUAGAGGAGUUCCGUCGGCGCUGGCAGGAGGAGCUGGCGCAGGCCCAGGCGCUGAGGAGGCGGCGGCGGCCCGAGGCUGCGGAGCGGCGUCCGCGGCGGCCGGAAGUGGCCUUGGGACGCGGCGAGCAGGCCUCGGGGUACCUGGCGCUGGCGCAGGGCCUCCUGGAGGGCGCGGGGCGGCCCCCGGUGACGGCGGCGGCGGCGGCGGGGCGGGCCAGCCGGGCCGAGAGGCAGGAGGCGGCCAGUCGUUCCCGCUCCCCUCCGGUCCGCGAGGGCGCCUGGGGCGCGGAGCCGCUGGUGGACCAGCUCAUCCGGGACCUGAAUGAAAUGGAUGAUGUGCCUUUCUUUGAUAUUCAACUGCCUUAUGAAUUGGCCAUCAAUAUAUUUCAGUAUUUGGACAGGAAAGAACUAGGACGGUGUGCACAGGUGAGCAAGACGUGGAAGGUGAUUGCCGAAGAUGAGGUGCUGUGGUACAGGCUGUGCCAGCAAGAAGGGCACCUUCCGGAGAGCAGCAUCUCUGACUAUUCCUGCUGGAAGCUCAUCUUCCAAGAGUGCCGUGCCAAGGAGCACAUGCUAAGAACCAACUGGAAGACCCGCAAGGGCGCCGUGAGCCAGCUGGAGCACGUUCCCGAUGCGGUGUUGUGUGAUGUGCAUUCUCACGAUGGCGUGGUCAUCGCUGGAUACACAUCAGGGGACGUGAGGGUGUGGGACACCCGCACCUGGGACUACGUGGCCCCCUUCCUGGAGUCGGAAUAUGAGGAGGAUGAGUCUGGAAUGCAGCCAUAUGUCUCCUUUGUGAGGGUAAACAGCGCGCUGGCAGUGGCAGCUUAUGAGGAUGGAUUUCUUAAUAUAUGGGACCUGAGGACCGGGAAGUACCCUAUUCAUCGUUUUGAGCAUGAUGCCAGAAUACAGGCGCUUGCUCUCAGCCGGGAAGAUGCCACUGUCGCUACAGCUUCUGCUUUUGAUGUUGUGAUGUUGUACCCCAACGAGGAGGGGUACUGGCACAUAGCUGCAGAAUUUGAAGUUCAGAAACUGGUCGACUACCUUGAGAUAGUGCCAGAUACUGGAAGGUAUCCCGUGGCCAUAGCCACUGCCGGAGACCUGGUAUACCUGCUGAAGGCUGAGGAUUCCGCCAGAACACUUCACUAUGUCUACGGCCAGCCUGUCACGUGCCUGGAUGUCUCAGCCAACCAGGUUGCCUUUGGCGUGAAGAGUCUGGGAUGGGUGUACGAAGGAAACAAGGUCCUGGUGUACAGCCUGGAAGCAGAGCGCUGCCUCUCAAAACUGGGGAGCGCCCUUGGUGACUUCACCUGCGUCAACCUCCGGGACAGCCCUCCCAACCUCAUGGUCAGUGGCAACAUGGACAGAAGGGUGAGGAUCCAUGACCUCCGCACUGAUAAAAUCGCCCUGUCGCUGUCCGCCCAUCAGCUGGGGGUCUCUGCAGUUCAGAUGGAUGACUGGAAGAUUGUCAGUGGAGGCGAGGAAGGCCUGGUGUCCGUGUGGGAUUACCGGAUGAACCAGAAGCUGUGGGAGGUCCACUCCAGGCAUCCUGUGCGCCACGUCUGCUUCAACAGCCAUAGCCUGAUUACUGCCAACGUGCCCUACGAGAAGGUGGUGCGGAACUCUGACCUGGACAGCUUCGCCACUCACAGGAGACACCGGGGCUUGAUCCAUGCCUAUGAGUUUGCUGUGGACCAGCUGGCCUUUCAGAGCCCCCUUCCUGUCUGCCGCUCACCCUGUGACACCAUGGCUGGGUACAACUAUGACCUGGCACUAUCUUUUCCCUGUGAUAGUAGUUAGGGAGGCACCCAUCUGCAAGUAGAGCCAGUCUUAUAAAUCUUAAAACUGCA